GGCAUUCGAAGUGUCGCGAGCAACGCGCGCACUUGUCGCUUUUGCUAGAUUUUCGCUCAAACAAUAAAAUUAUAAGCAUCUAAAAAUAACGGCGGGGAGCGCUGCCGACGGCACGAUCGGAAAACUGGACGUUGCGCCAGUCUGGAGGUCUGGAGGCGUGCGGAGCGCCCGCGCAUCAACAAUCGACUACUCCCAGAAUGGACACUAAAGAGGAAUCAAUGGAAACUGAAGUAACAAAAGAAGUAAACGUCGUCAAAAAAGAAACAAACACAGAUAGAGUAAUCGAAGAACAAAAUGGCAAUACGAAUGUUGAAGCUGCGGUGACUGUAAAAUUGCCUGGGAAAAAAACAUCAGCCAAAACGGAAACUAAAGUGGAAGUGGUGAAAAAAGAAUUACCUGAUGGUUCUGUUGAAGAAGUGAAAACAACAACGACAAGGACCACCAUUGAUGGAAAGACAGAAAUAACAACAAAAACGGAGACAACGAUCAUUCCUAAGGAAGAUGAUCUAGAAGAAGAGGAGAUUGUAGAAGAGGAGGAAGAAGAAGAAGAACAAGAAAAUGAUGGUAAUGUAAUAGUUCAAAAAGCGUCUGAAGAAAUUGUAAAAUUGCAUGAUGAAGAACAAAAAUUAAAACAAGAACCUAUCGAAAAUAUUACGAAACGGGAAGAAAGUUCAGAAACAAGUACAACUAAAAAUGUUACUAUUAUUAAGUCUAUAGAAAGUCAAAACGAUUCGGAAGAGGAGAUAGAAGAAGAAGAAGAAGUAGAAGAAGAAGAAGAAGAAGUAGAAAAUGAAAAUGUGGAACUGACUGUUACACAAAAAGAAAUAGAACCAAAUAUGCAAAAGAAAACAGACAUUGAUGAUAAAAUAGAGUCAGAACCAGGUGAUGAAGUUGAAGAAGGAACAAGCGACAAAGAUGAAGAUGUGCAUCAAACAACACAAGGAAAUAAUGCAAUAAAAAGUCAGACAAGUGAAAAAGGGGAAGAAGUUGAAGAAGUACGAAAACUAGACAAUGUGAAUGAUGUAUGUGAAUCUGAAGAAGAAAAUGACAAAACUCCAAUAAGGGAUAAUAUGAGUAAAGACAAUUCAUUACAAGAAAAGGAAGAAGAAGAAGUUUCAGAAGAGAACGAUGAUAUUAGACAAGAAAAAUCAAGAAGCGAAUCAGAUGCUGCAAAUGAAAACGAACAAACUAACGCAAGCAAUAUUGAAACUGUAAAAGAAGCUAUAAAACUGACUGAAGAAAACAAAAAAGAAACUGUUAUUGAAGUCCAGGUAUCGAAACCAGAAUUAUCCAUGAAAGAAGAAACAAACCCCGAACCAUCGGGUGAUGUGAAGGACAACGAAGUGAAACCGACAGUGCCAACAGAAAGGAACAUUCCGUUAAGAGAACCAUCAGUUCCUCUUGAAAAGGUGGAAGACGUAGAAAUUAAACCUAUUGGACAAAUAAUUUCUAAAUCACAUACUGAGAAUACUGAAAUCAUUACAACUUCCAUUGAUAAACCAACAGCAGGAUUGAGUACACAAACUGCAUACAAUAGAAUAGAAAAUAUAGUCACAGUGAAUCGCACAAGUAAAACAUUAGAUCAGGCUUAUGAACAAAUUUCUCAGCACGGGGUUCCCACAGUUAAGACUUAUUUUGCACCAAAUGAUAGACCAUUAAUUUCACCUCAAUCUUCUCGGACUUAUCAAUCAGUUUACUCUACGGAACCUCAAGGUGAAAGAAGACAUAGCCUCUUACUUGAUCGUCUUAGUGUCGAUCGCCAAAUGCCACCCACAGAACUAUAUCAGAGUAACUAUCAAUAUGGUAAUCAGACUUAUGAACAAAAUAUUUCUUCGCAAGGACCCCAGUCAGAGGUAUUAACAGUAAGCAAUGUUAAGCCUAGUUCUAUUACAAAAAAUCAGCAAUGGUAUCAAGAAACAAAAAAAGAUGAAGUUGCUUAUAAUAAUACAGCUCCUUGUCUUAAUGUACCUUCCCAACAGUGGAAUUUACAACAAUCACAUCUAAAGUCACAACCACAGUCACAGCCGCAGCCACACUCACAGCAUCAACUUGAAUCUGCAUAUCAACCUUCAUUGCAAUUUCAAUCACCCUAUAUACAAAAUACACAAAAUACGUAUAACGCAACCUCAAACACUUCUAGUACUUAUCAACAACAUUCAUAUCCAACCUAUACACAAAAACCAAUGCAAGCUUCUCCUAGCAUAAACAAACAAACAAGUCAAUUUUCCUAUAUAGAGAAAGACACACCAGAAAGUUAUCAAAGACCAUCACAGCAGUUUUCAUCUACUUAUGUUCCACCUCCGUGGGAACAAGAUCCUAAUUAUGUUGCGGAUAACGUAAAUCAUACGUUAUACUCUCCGCCAUCAAGCAAUAAAUUUACAAAUACUGCUAAUCAAACUUGGACACCUCCUACCGCAAGUACAUAUUCGAAGCCAAAACCAACGUCGUACAUACCACCUGCACCAAACCAGUCAUUUGUCAAGCCGGUAACUACUGUGGACCCUCCUAAGAUGCCUGGACGCAAAACUUACUACAGUGAAUAUGAAAGACGUUAUAUAUCGGUACCAGAAUCUACUUACAUCCCUACCGAAAGUAAGUUCCAAGCGCAACCUAAUCCAUCACCUCAAUACUAUUAUGACAAUUAUGAACCGUCAGAGACAGUAGAGCACGAAUGGCGAAAAGAGCUUAGAGAGUUUUCUGAAAAAACACAAACUCAAAGCCAAUCCGAGAAAACAUUAGUAAAACCUUCUUGGGAAGAAGAUACAAAAUAUUAUGUUCCUAAAGUUACUACAGAAUAUACCCCCACUCCUACGUGGAGUCAGACUUUACGACCAAAUUCAUGGCGUGAGAGGAGUUUUGAAUCGGAAUUCUUGCGAUCACAAGAAUUGCCAAAGACAAACACAAAUACAUUAGGGCGAGGAAGGCCCCAAAGCACAUAUGUAAAAAGUAACAUUUCUACACCAAUUCCGGAAAGACCUCGCGGAGUAUCAGUGGAUAGAUACAACCCAAAUAAUUAUAAGUCUCCAACGCCAUCAGAGUAUCCUCCAGUUCAGAGUCACACCCUAGACCCAUCAGUUGGUGCGAAAACACACCAUAAUGCAAACGUGCCUGUUUAUCACUCACGAGCCUCAGCUGAACCUAGAGAGCAAAUUUACCCGCAAACAAGGCAAUGGGGAGAAGCACGGGCUAGCCCCAUUCAAUCAAGAUCUUUCAAGUAUCUACAGUGGAUUACUGGAACUGAAGAUUGAGCUUAGAGUGAAUCAAUUUUUAAAUAUAAGUCAUAUUUUAGGUAUGAAAUCAAGAGAAAGAUGAGUUAAAUAUUUAUUGAAUAAAAGGAGAUUUCCAUUUUUAAAUUUUUCGAUAUUGUUGCAGAGAACAUUUUUGGUCUGUAUAUUUCGUGUCUUCUUCUUAUUAAUCUUAUUAUAAAUAAGCUUCUUAAAGAUUUAAAAAAAAAGUAGUUAUUGAUCAGAAUUGUCAAAAUAAAAUACUUCCCUCCAAGGAACUAUAAAUAUGAAAGCAAUUCUCUAUCAGUGUAGAACUAAAAUAAAAUAUUAUGAACCUUUUAAGUUUACCAUUUUACUUAUAUUGUAUGGUUUAGAGACAUUGUUGCAAUGUGAUAUUUUUGUAUACUUAAUUUGCUAACCUAGUCAUUAGAGGCUAAUAUAAUAUUAUCAUAGGCCUCGAGUAAGAGAAAAACUAAACUUUGUGUUUUUAAUUUCGUACUUACAUUUAUUUUUAUUUUUGGCAUUGCGUUAACAUUGGAUUAUCCUCGUGUACAAUGAUACAUACCGGCUUUUAUUAAAUUAAAAACGUGCUAUGUGCAUUUUUGUACAUGCUUCUGUGAAACCUGUAACAUAAUAAGAAAAAAAAAAUCUUUACUCAAAUUAAUAUUAAUUUUUAACAUCAAAGAUAUAUUUUGUACUUAAGUUAUUGUUAAAUGCAUGGUCCAUUAUGUUGUAACAGUUCAAACAUUUUAUAUGUUAUUUGUGAAAUUAUUGUUGAGUUUUACAUAAUAAAGACUUAAUAAAGUGUUCGUUCAUUAGUACAAAUU